CCCACGACCCGUGUGUGCGAGACGUCCACAAUGCCUCCAAGACUUCAUAGGCCUCCAAGCAGACUCGACGCAUAAAAGCGCAGCGGUGCCUCGCCAUUGUGUGGGAGAAGAUCAUCAUCCAGCCACGCAAGCAUCCGCACACACCAUGCCUGCCCCCAACGAUACUCCCGCGCACCACGAGAGGAGCGAGAUUGAGAUGGAGAAGCACGAGCUCGAGGAGCAGGUCGAGGAGCGACAGCCCGUCGAGGGCGCCUACAUUGCCCCCGAGGAGAUCCAGGCUCGCUUCCCGUUGCUGCGCGACCUGAGCAAGGAGCAGAUGGACGCUCUGAACAAAAAGGUCGUGAGCAAGAUUGACUGGCGCAUGAUGCCUUGCGUGACGCUCAUGUUCCUCAUGAACUACCUCGACCGCAUCAAUGUCUCCAACGCCCGUCUUGCCGGCCUGCAGGAAGACCUGGGCAUGAGCGACACCGUCUGGAACACGGGCAUCUCGACCUUUUACGUCGGCUACCUCAUCGGCCAGCUCCCCGGUAACCUCAUCCUCGCCAAGACCAGCCCUCGCUUCUUCCUGCCCACCAUCAUGGUCCUAUGGAGCAUCGGCACCAUCUGCAUGCCCGCCAUGACCAACGGCGUCGGCUUCUGCAUGAUCCGCUUCUACAUUGGCCUGACCGAGGCGCCCUUCUUCCCCGGCCUGACGCUCAUGACCUCGUCUUGGUACACCAAGGAGGAGUCCCCAAUCCGCAUGGCGAUCUGGCACGCCGGCAACACCAUCUCCAACAUCAUCUCUGGCUUCCUCGCCGCCGGCAUCCUCGAGAACAUGGACGGCAUCGCAGGUCUACACGCCUGGCAGUGGUUCUUCCUCAUCGAGGGCAUCGCCUCCCUCGCUGUCGCCGGCGCCUCCUUCAUCUUCCUGCCCUCGUGGCCGCACGAUUCGACCGCCUUUAGUGAGCAGGAGCGCGAGAUGGCUCAGUACCGUAUUUUGGUCAGCAACGGCGGCGUCGACGAGAAGCUGGGCGGCACGUGGGACGGCGUCAAGGAGGCCGUGCGCGAUCCGUUCACGUGGUACUUUUGCCUCAUGCACUUUUCCCUCGUCACGGCCCAGAGCUUCAAGGACUUCCUCCCCUCCAUCAUGAACACCUUUGGCUUCGACAAGUUGACCACCUACCUCGUCCAGGCGCCCCCCUACGCCAUCGCCUACAUCUCCGCCUGCCUGCUCGCCUGGUCCUGCGGUCGGAUGCAGGAGACGACGUGGCACAUAAUCAUCCCCAUCAUCGUCUCGGCCGGCGGCUGCGGUAUCCUCAUUGGCACGCUCAACGUGGCCGCGCGCUACAUUGGCAUCAUCCUGCUCGUCAGCGGCACCUACUCGGGUCUCAACUUGCAGCUGUCCUGGGAGACGACGGUCGUGCCCCGGCCGCGCGCCAAAAAGGCGGCCCUCAUUGCCAUCGCCAACUGCAUCAGCCAGGUCAGCCACUGGUUCAGCCCGUACUUUUACCCGCGCAGCCAGGAGCCGUACUACCGCAUGGGGGGCGGCCUGCUCAUUCUCGGCUGUGCCCUCACCGUGCUGUCUGCCGUGCUGGUCAAUCUACGCGCCAAGAAGCUCAACAAGAAGCUGGACGAGCAGGAGGGCUGGACGGAGCACUCCGGUGUGGAACGGGGCUGGCGUUACAAGCGGUAAAGAGGGGGAGAUACAAGGUGUCGGGGUUGGUGAAGAAGAGAAAAGUCUGGAUCGAGUGAACAAGCAGAAGAUGCCUACGUUAGUCUCAAUGCAAGCGUCAAUGGAAGAGCAGAGUGAUCUCCGGUCCCUCCCUGUCCCCUGAGUCCUGGCGGCGAAUCGCGGGCUGCUCUGGUGCCCAAAGAGGAAAUGCCAGAUGCACGCCAGCGAAAUGACCCGCACGUGAUGGGACUUGAGCAUCGGCCAUUCGAGGCCAGGCUACCGGUGACGACUAGUGACUUU